AAAGAUAUCCUUUGAGGAGGACACCUUUUGGAGAGACCCAGCCGCAGCUAUUCCAAGGUCCAGGAGUGUGAGGCAGGUCCUCUCUUUGGGCCGAAGGAAGAGAGCCAUCUCAGCAGCUGGCUUCACAUCCCUCUGCUUUGAUUUGAGUUGAGUUUAGGUGAUAUCCAGCCGUUGCCACUCUCAUGAGCAGAAUGGAGUCUAAAGAAAGCACCCGAAGUGGAAACAAGACUGAUACCAAGAGUGCUAGCUCAGCAAAGUCUGAGAAACCUCAUUCUGGGCCUGCGGCAAGCACUGAUAAGAAAGAAGCACCCAAGGAGCAGCCAACUCCUGCUGCCACCACCCCUGCAAAAAAGGGGGCCACAGCACCCAGCGAGGCAGCCAUGCUGAAUGACCACAGCAACCUGAAGCCUACUGCAGUGCCAGCAGCCGAGGGGCCUGAGGCCAACUCCGAGCAUAAAGAGAGCAGUGCAGAAGAGUCGCCAGGGAGCACCGUGUUUGAGAACAUCAAGCCCCUGCUCAUCUUUGGAGGGGCUGCAGUAGCUGCCAUAGCUGUGAUCAUAGGAGUAGCCAUCCUAGCUCGGAAAAAAUAGGAAACCUAAGGAAUGCAGGGAACAGAAUUUCCCCUAGGUUGUGUACUGUUCCUUUUGACAUCAGUGCAUGCAAUCACUUCUAUACAUACUUAUAAAUAUGCAGUAUAUAGCAAGAGAGAGAUAGGUAGGUCUUGCUUAAGGUUAGUAUGCCAGGGUCCUGAAAAAAAAAACCCUCCCAGAUUUGUUUUUCCUGGUCAAUAGAUGCUAUUUUGUAUUUUCUUUCCAUAACUUCUCUCCAUCCCACUUUUUGGUCAGCUGUAAACUUGGUUCCAGCAUCAUUUUCAGAAUCCUUUGCUUUUAGUUGGGCCAUGGAAGAGCAGAUGAAAUGAACACUUUCUCUUCAGGAGGACCCAUGUAGUAUCCUGUAUCCAGCUCACUAAAAUAUUUUCAAAGAUGCAUAAAAAGGCAGCAUCUUCACUAAUCUGAAGACCAUGUGGUUCCAUCCACCUAUUUUGGUUCAUUGUCAGAGCAUCAAAGUAUAAUCUCAACCUAAAUUACAAAGUUCUCUUUGGAAUAGAAGCUAUCAGAGUUCAAGAGGCAAAUUUAGCCUACUGAGAUUACUAACUAAAGCCCAGAAGGCAACAUUUUGGCUCACCAUCUAUCACACAAUGUCUACAAAGCAUGGUACUAAAUAUAGUUUAGCCAUUGAUUGGAAUAGCUUUGGAAUCUAGUAAAGUAGUCUUUCUCUGCCAUUUAAAUGCAUGUUAAAUGCAACUCUGGCUAUGAAUUGGCCAAGUACCCUUUGUAGAAUUUAGAUACCUUUAAAAAAGCUUUUUUUAAAAAAAAAAAUCAGAUAUUUAAAUCUAUGUGAUUUAAACUUUUGGGAAGUUGAAAAGCUCAUUUGUGCGUAUGGAUUUUGAACAAAUGCUGAAGCUUCUCCAUAUAAAGUUACAUACCAAUUUGUGCUAUGAAGGGGAAUCAAGAAAAACAACAAACACCAAAAGCAUAAGAGUGUAUCUUUUAUUUCAUCAGGAAUAUGAAUAUAAGAAAAUCUGCAUAUAGAAUAACUGCCCAAAUGCAAGAAUUUGAACCCAAUGGAUGAUCUUCAUUUCAACAUUUUAUAGCUUUAAUUCAAGAUACACCAGGAGAGUAAUUUCCUCAUGUAUUUCAUUGGAAAUUAGGCAAUGAAAUAACAAAGACUGAUUCACAGGAGCCAUUUCCCCCCAUAACAUUUGAACUGUGAUGCUGAAGAUUAGAGGAAAUUUCCUGUUUUUAAAUAGCCUUGUUAUGUUAGUGGUCUUCUUGAAAUGAUUAAAAACAGAUGUGUGUGUGGGGAGGGAGGAAACAGUUAUUUGAUACAGAUACUAAAAAUAUUUCCCUGACAGAAAGAAUCUGGACACCGGAGCAUUGGUUAUAAUGUAAGAUGACUGAAUGACCAUCUCUUAUUUAGUAGAUUUUUUUCCCCCUGCAUGGACCAUGCCAGUGUGAAACGUGUGCGUGUGUAUUAAUACAACACACCUAUACCAAUUAGAUCAGAUUUAGUAAAAAAUCGAUGUUUGGUGUGUGUGUGUGUGUGUGUGAUGUGUGUGUAUCAUGUUUUCAUCUUAUCAUGUGCCGAAACUAGCCUAUACACUAGAUUUCUUUGUAUUUUUAGUCCCAAUCACUUUAAAGUCACAAAUAUAAAUUCAGAAGUAUAGUAAAAUCAUGAUAGUAGUGCCUAGGCCAGUGUUUCUCAACCUUGGUGAUUUUAAGAUGUGUGAACCUCAACAUGGCUGGCUGGGGUGGGGGGGAUUCUGGGAGUUGAAGUCCAUACAUCUCAAGAGUUGCCAAAAUUGAGAAAUACUGACCUAAGCUACAAUUAAUCAUCUCUCUCUUGCAUUUAUGGCUGUGAUCUUAUAGGUUAGGUCUAUAAGGGAAUCAUUCACUGGCAGUCAUUGUUUAAUAUCGUGAUAUCCCAUUGUUCUGAAUAAUAUUUCAGAACCUACUCCCCAUCUGAAAAUCUGUAUUCUUGUGUAUAUGUGUACAAGCUUUCCUAACCCUGCCUUAUUUGAGAAUCUGUGUAUAUACAUUAUAAUUUUUGUAAAGCUACAAAACCUGUAUUCUUUGUAGAAAAGCAGAAUGCAACCAUUUAUCUGCACACCUGCAUUCACACGAAGUGUCUGUGUUUGUGCCACUUGCAUUCCAUUGUACAGUAGCCAAAACCAAAUUUUCCUUUCAAUAAACAAAGACACAUUUAGCUAAUUGAUGAAUGUAUAAUAAUCCGUCUUGUGCUUGUAAGGAACCCCUCUGAUUGAUGGA